UAAGAUGGUAUAAAGAGCUUCCAGAGUAAAUGUUUUAUUUCUUGGUUGUGUCUGCGAUCGGUAAUAUUCAGUUUGACAAAGAUUUUGAAGGAGUGAAAAAAAUUUAUUAUUUUAAGUAGAAUAUAUCGAGAUUUGAAAUUCUAUUGGAAAUGAUUGCCAACAUCAAAGGACAAUAGUGAUGGAAUAAAAGAAUCUAUUUAUAGAGACAAAAAUCAGUUUAAAAGAAAAAAUCGUUUUAUAUAUAUAUAUAUUUAUAUCGAGAUGGAUUCAGUGGUAACUCUGGUUGCAUUACUAGCAGGUAUGAUGCCAUUUAUAUCUGGAUGCGAAAGAUUUUCAAGUAAUAGAGGUGACAGUUUAUAUUGUAUCUGCGAUUCAAAUUAUUGUGAUAAAGUACCAAGUGUCUCGAAAUCAUCCAACAAUUUAAAAUAUACCCUAAUAUCAUCCAGUAAGGAAGGUCUUCGAUUUUACGUUACCAAUGGCACAUUCAGCAAUUCUAUUUCAAAUGCAAGACCCAAUGUUCCUGUACGAAUAACAAUCAAUAAAGGCCAGACUUUUCAAAAUAUUCUGGGAUUCGGAGGAGCCAUGACCGAUUCAGCUGGAUUUAAUAUUAAAUCCUUGACUGAUGACAUGCAAGAAAAAUUAUUGGGAUCCUAUUUUGGAUAUGAUAGUAUCGACUAUAAUAUGAUAAGGGUUCCAAUUGGUACAACCGAUUUUUCUCCAAGGCCCUACAGCUAUGCAAUGUCAGAAUAUGAUUUUGCCCUAGAAAAAUUUUCCUUAACUAGUGAAGAUAAUCUUUACAAGAUACCAAAUUUAAAAAGGAUUAAUUUACUCUCUCUAAGGAAACUGAAAUUAAUAGCGUCUCCAUGGACGCCAAGUCCCUGGAUGAAAACUCAAGCAACUUGGACUGGGAAGAGUAUUCUGCGUCGUGAAUAUUGGCAAACAUGGGCUAAUUACUUUGUAAAAUUCUUUCAAGCUUAUGAAAAGAAUAAUUUAAAUUUUUGGGGAAUUACACCUCAAAAUGAGCCAAGAGUUGCAUUUUCAACGGUGAGAAUACCAAAUAUGGGUUGGGAACCAAAAGAUCAACGUGAAUGGAUUACAAAAUUUUUAGCGCCAUCAUUAAAAUUAUCUCAAUUGGAUUAUUUGAAAAUUAUUAUCGGCGAUGGUUCAAUUCAACUUCUACCUAAUUUUGUUAGAACAAUUCUAAGUACUAAAGAAGCUAAAGAAACUAUCUCCGGUAUCGCUGUUCAUUCCUAUAAGGAUAAAAAUACAUCGCUUAAUUUUCUUGAUAGAACUCAAAAACUUUUUCCAGAUAAAUUUCUUCUCAACACUGAAGCAAUACUUCAAGACGAGCAGAAAGUUAAACUAGGUUCAUGGAGUCGAGCUGAAGAUUAUGCUAACAGUAUAAUUGACAGCCUUUCCCAUUGGGUGGCUGGUUGGAUUGACUCAAACAUGGCUUUAGAUCUACAAGGUGGUCCCAACUGGCUAAACAGAUUUGCAGAUUCCCCAAUAAUUGUAAAUUCAUCAGCUAACGUAUUUUACAAGCAACCAACUUACUACAUUAUGGGUCAUUUCUCAAAAUUUAUACCACCGGACAGUAAAAGGAUUAGCACUAUUAAAAGAGGUUCAGCUAAAAUUAAAUCAAUUGCAUUUUUAACACCUGACCAAGCAACAGUGGUAAUUCUUUUAAAUCCCUACAAGAACAAACGAGAUAUUCUCAUAGAAGAUGCAUUAAAAGGAAGUACAAAAGUAACUCUUGCAGCAAAAUCAAUACACAGUAUGGUAUACUGUUUCAAUAAACCUUUGUUUCGGAAUAUUUUUGUAUACGGAUGUGACAAAUAUCAAGCUGUUAAAGGUGACAGUGGAUACUGUAUUUGUGAUUCAAAUUAUUGCGAUCAAGUUCCAAAUGUAGUGAAAUCACAGGAUCAAUUAGAUUACACCGUUGUUUCAUCCAGCAGAGAUGGACUUCGGUUUCAUGUUACAAAUGGUAAAUUUGGAAAAGAAGAACAAGGACGUGCCUAUAUAAAAAUUACUAUCGAUAAUACCAAGGCUUAUCAAAAUAUUAUUGGUUUUGGUAGUUCAAUGACCGAUGCAGCUGGUAUUAAUAUUAAAUCCCUAACAGAAGAUGUGCAAGAUAAACUUUUGGAAUCCUACUUUGGUCCAGGAAGUAUUGAAUACAAUUUAAUUAGAGUACCAAUGGGUGCUUCUGAUUUUUCUCCAAGACCAUACAGCUAUGCAAUGACAGAAAGUGAUUUUGCCUUGGACAAUUUUGCAUUGGCUGAAGAAGAUUAUAAAUAUAAGAUACCGUUUUUAACGAAAAUUCAUACAAUCACUGAAAGAGAAGUGAAUUUAAUAGCUUCACCAUGGAGUCCAAGUCCAUGGAUGAAAACUGGAGGUGACUGGACUGGAAAAGGAUUUCUUCGUCGUGAAUAUUGGCAAACAUGGGCUAAUUAUUUCGUAAAAUUUUUUCAAGAGUAUAAAAAAAAUGAAAUUCAAUUUUGGGCAACAACAAUUCAAAAUGAACCAGUAAUUGCACAUUUAAUGCAAGUUAAAAUGCCAACAAUGACAUGGUACGCGGAUGAUCAACGUGAAUGGCUAACAAAAUUUUUUGCUCCCAUUAUGAAAAAAGCAAAUUUUGAUGAUAUCAAAAUAAUAGUAGGCGAUGGUCAAAGGGCCCUAUUAACUGAUUAUAUUCCAAAAAUUCUCAAAACUAAUGAAGCAAAAAAUUUAGUAUCAGGCAUUGGUGCACAUUGGUAUUUUGAUUGGUUAACAUCACCAAAUACAUUGGAUAAGACAAAUAAUUUAUAUCCAGAUAAAUUUAUUAUUUACACUGAAGCUUCAGAGGGACUUGUUGAUGUUCAAAAAGUAAGACUCGGUUCAUGGACAAGAGCGGAAAAUUAUGCGAAGAAUAUUAUUGAAAAUUUAUCCCAUUGGGUAACUGGUUGGAUAGAUUGGAAUAUGGCUUUAAAUAUGGAAGGUGGUCCCAAUUGGGUUCGUAAUUUUGUGGAUUCUCCAAUAAUUGUAAAUACAAAAGAAAAUUCAUUUUACAAACAGCCAAUGUACUAUGUCAUGGGACAUUUUUCCAAAUUUAUAUUACCAGGUAGUAAAAGAAUUAAUACCAUUAAAAAAGGUAUUCAUGACAUUAAACAUGUUGCUUUUGUAACACCUGAAAAAGCAACUGUAUUAAUUCUUAUGAAUCCAUACAAUAUGCAGAAAGAUGUUUUUUUGGAAGAUGGAUCUAAAGGUACUGUGACAAUAAGUUUGCCAGCAAAAUCAAUACACAGUGUUGUAUAUUGGAAUUAAUAAGGUUGAAGUUUUAUACAAGAUAAAGUUUUUGAUAAAAUAUUUUAGUAUAUAUAUAUAUAUAAGACAAUGUAUUUUUUUAUAAGCAAAUUUUAUAAAAUUAUAAGAAAUGUAUGAAAA